CAGGUCCUGCAACCCAAACAGACCGGAACCAUGCCUGCGCUCCGCACCUUGCUGCCACACCUGGGGCUGUUCUUGUGCCUGGCUCUGUGCUUUUCCCCUUCCUUCUCUCUCAGCAAUAGUGAGUCCUGCAUCCUUUACGAUAAAGUCUACCCCUCCGACAACUUGAUCAACGCUACAGCUGAGGAGGUCUCUGGUGAGAAUACAACCUACACAGUGACAGUCCCCGUGAACGAAUCAGUCAGUGCUGUGAUUCUGAAAGCUGAGAAAGACAGCAAACCAGUGGGCACCUGGAGCGGAGCAUAUGAGAAGUGCAACAACAGCGCUGUCUAUAACUUGACAUCUCUGAACAACACGGCCUUCCAGACAAACUGGACAGUUCCUAGUUCUGAGGACGUGACUAAAGUCAACCUGACGAUCUUCAUUGUCGUCAACCGCACAGCUACAGUGUCGUCUGUGAAACUGGAGCCAAAAGAAUCUUCAAGCUUGGCCUCUACUCCUGAGAGCCAGACCUCAUCCAUGACUACAGCCAUGACCUCAGCCAUGACUACAGCCAAGACUACAGCCGCGGCCACAAACAGUAGCACAGACGUGAUCUCAGACAAUACCACAGCCUUGACCACAGCCAAUAGCACAGCCGUGACCACAGCCAAGACCACAACCAUGACCACAGCUGCGACCACAGCCAAAAGCCUGGCCAUCCGUACUCUCUGCAGCCCCCUGGCAGGCGCCCUCCAUAUCCUGCUUGUUUUUCUCAUUAGUAAACUCCUCUUCUGAAGGAAACUAGGGAAACAAAUCUCCAACCUCCAGGGCAUCCUCCCGAGCUCAAACAUACAUGAAUGAAGGUUUCAUGUUCUCAGUCUGCAACUCCACCACCUCGGACCACAGACCUGAGACACUAGUGCGUUUGAGGGACACAAACAUUUGCCUGGAUCUUUCAGGCCACAAAUUCUGCUUUUUGUAAAUACUUAGUCCAUCCUGCUUGUAACCUGAAGUUCUGACUCUCAGGUUAACACGUUAACAGCCAAUCUGAACUUGCGUUUCUUGCCAAAGUAUUCCCAUGAGCCUCCUGGGUUUUGGGGUAGGGAGGGGAAUAUCCUUCAUUCAAGCUGAUUUCAGAUUUCUGGCCAAACCUACUCAGGUUACAAAGGACUUAUGUGACUGAAGGAAAAAGAGAAAUGAGUGAUAGUCCUGUGGCUACUAGCACAUUCCCACCAUGCCCAGACCAAUCAGUAGGUUUCAAAGAGAGAAAAUAUAUGAAAACUAUGCCUCAGAAGUCAAUGACAGGACACAUGACUUUUUUUUUCCUAAGUCAAAUAAAUGGUAUAUUGAACAAGA